AGUUUUACCGAGAAGGCAAUGGCAGCAUCAACAGCAUCGAUGGCCAGUGGAGGGCCAAUGUCCCCCGGGCAAAACUUUUUGGGCUGUAGCAUUUCGGUGAAGACCACCAACGGGGAUACGUUCCGAGGCGAACUUUUCUGCUACGACAUAUCUGAUUCCAAUUCGAUCGUUCUGCGAGAGCUCGUUGGUAAAGAUAAGUGUACAUACCAUUGGAUAAAGACGAAUACUAUUCGUGACAUCAAAGCACUGAAGCCGCCAACUGCUACUGACUCUCCGCUCCCCCACAUAGACCUCAAGGCGCUUCAAGCGCAGAUGACCGAUGCUGAGCAUAACUUUCAGGAUACUCGGGAACGUUAUGGGGUCGGUGUAACACAACUUGCGCAGACUGUGUUCGACCUUAUGUCGAAGACAAUGCCGUGUCGAUGGGAUGGCCAAGAUAUACUAUGUUAUACUGUCCGUAUCAAGAGCCCUUACCAAGCUGCCAACUGCACAGGGCCGAAUAGCAGUGAGCUUGAUCGAGUAAAGAAGGUUCUUGAGCUGGAGCGGUUCAAAAUGGAGAAGGAGGAGAAAAAGCACAGCUGACUUCAUGACUGGGAGUUCAAAUAAUGAAUUUGUGGUUACGAUGAUGGUGAUGGUGAAAUGCGCUCAUACUCCUCGGUGGUGGUGGCCGCUGUGGCUAAAUGUAUCUAUCAGCUUAUUCAGUACCAACCGAUGGUGCUGCAGUGCGCCAUCUAUCGUCUAUCCGCGAAGUUAUUUCCACCC